AUGCAGGAAAAUUUGACAAAGCAUGCGGCAAGGGAAGCAAUCCAGAUAACAGAAGACAAAGAAGUUGAAGAACAGCAUAACAUGACAUCUUUUGUCAAGAACCUUACAUACAAGAUAAUGCAGGGUGGUCUCAAAGAAGUUUAUGGAAAAGCUGUUAAAUCAGAAUUCCUGCCUUUUGACAUGCUGGUUUUGUUCAGGUACAGCUUGGCAAAAGGUGCAGAUGGGUCUGGAGCACACGGCCCAAUAAAAAUAUUAAUUCAAGGACCAUUGUUCAAGUUUAAUAAAAUGGCACAACAGAAAGUUCCAACUGAAAUGCAAAUUUCUGAAAGUGACAGCGAUGAAUCGUGGGAUGAGAAUGCACAAGAAGAACAUAUAAGGCGACGAAUUUCAGUUAGAAGGGAAAAUAUAAGAAAAAGGCUUGCAGAAGAGUCUGAACAUUCAUUGUUACUUGAUCAAAUUGAAGAUGAUGGAAGUUCCAAGAUAGAGAAACCAGGUUCUAUUUCAGGUGAAAAACAACUGGCUGAUGUGAUACGAAACAGAGUUAGAGAUAAACUGAAAGCUGUAAAGGCUGGGAUUGCAAGUUCAUUUGUACGAGAUUUACCUGUUUCUUCGCACCAUCUACAGCAGAUAAAAGAUGAAGAACUAGUGACAAGAUUUGAUAAGGCAUUAAAUAUUGAGUGGGAUGAAGGAAAUCAGUUUUUUACUUCUGCUUUGGAUGAGUCACCUGAUUCAGUGAUACAAGAACAUGAAAAGACACCACUGAAAGAUUUACCCCUUGAAUUUCAUCUCACAGGAUUGGAGGAAGAGCCGGAGAAUGAAGUUGAAAUUAGCAGCAGUAUGUCAGAAGAAAAGGCCAAAUUUAACUUUUACAUAAAUGAACAGAUAAUUGAAAGGGAACCUGCUAAAUAUGAGCAUGACAAAUUAUGGAGGAAAAAGAACAAAAAUCUUUUCAUCCCUAGUACAUCACAAGUAGCUGUAAGUAGCAAGCUUUCAAGAAACCUUGCACCUCGCAUCUUGAAGGAUGAAGGCUUUUAUGUCAGUCGGAAACCAGAAGUUUUGAAAAAAAAUAUUAACAAAAUGGAGAAUCGUUUUCUUGUGCAAAAAGAGAAUAAAUCCUGGUUUGGAGAAGAUGGAAAUAUAAUUGCAUUACCAGAUCCAAUUAAGCUUCCUUGGAAUUGCAGACAACCCUCAUCAGACAAUCCUGAGCCAUGUCUGGAGACUGUGUACAGGAAGGCAAUAGUGAGUGAGCUUGUAACUGAUAUAGCUGGUAAUUUUAAGGAGAUUUCUCAAGUCUAUCAGCUGGACAUCAAUAUUGCAAAUCUGCGAUUUGUUCACCAUCCCUUAUUCAGCAGAGAACAUGUUUUGGCUGCGAAGCUAAUACAGCUUCAUGACAAUUACCAACAGAGACAAGGAAAAAAUAUUAGCCAGCUCUUGAUUGAGAAAGCUCUAGCAGAGUGGCCAUUUUUGGGAGAGGCCAUGUUUGAGCUGGAAACAAAAAGACUUCUGAAUGUGGAAAAGAAAAAAGACCGUACCCUUCUUAAAAAUAUUUUGGAUGUCUGGAAACAGAUAAAGUCUUUGAGAAAGUUUAAAAAGUGCAUCUGUACACCAAUAAAGCUCCAAGUGCAAAAGUUGGAAGUGAAUUACAAAACACUUGGAAAACAAUGUGAAAUGGAGUACAUUGCAGAAGUUAUUGAACUGGAACAAGAAUUUGAAAAGGAAUUCAAGAAAGAAAUGGAAAUGUAUAAUGAAAAAUUGGAAAUUUGGAAAAACAAACAGAAAGCCAAGGAAAGAAAAGGUACAGAAGAAGAUGACUCAUUCAAUGAAUACACUGAUGAUGAUGUAGAAGAGCCUCCAAAACUCUCUGUGCCAACUGAUAGAGCAACAAUAGAAAAUAUAGCAAAAAGAAGAACUGCAUUAAUUUACAGUCAACAAGAGGAGCCUAUUCUGAUUCCUAAACUAUCACUAAGUAUGGCUAUAACAUCAGAUUCAGAAUGCUCUGGGGGCGAACUACAUAGAAGAAUGGAAAUGCAAAACCAUAAAUUCUUUAUUAGUAUUUUCUACAAUGACAAAUUUGUUUCAUCCACUGUUACUUCACAACUACAAUCAGAUUUUACUGUACAAUUUAGACAAAUAUUCAACUUUCAGAUUAUUCACAAGCCUGAAAACAUUAGACUGGAGAUUUAUGAAUUAGUAAACACAAAGAUGAAUAUGUUGGCAAAACUAUACAUACCAAUUCCUGAAGUAACCAUGAUUACUAGUACUGCUGUUUUGGAAGAGAUAGAAUUCAGUAGUGAUGAGAUAGUUGUAACUAACCAUGAAGGAGUUGGAAGCAAUACACCAUUUUUGUUAGAUGAAAGGAAAUCUGAAGAGUGUUUGCUACUGACAUCUGGAAAAUUACUGUACUCUGUAUCAUGGGGAGUAGAUGAGAAUGGCACUGCCCUUGCACCACCUGCGCCAAAGCCAAAAACCUAUAAAGAAAGCAUGGAUGCUAUUGCUUCGAUUGGAAUGUCUCGGAUAAAUAAUUUGCAGAAACUUGCUAACUGGGCAAAGAAAGCUAGAAUUGACCCCAAUGAUCCCCAGAAUUUAGAUUUGAUGCAUGUGAUUAAGUAUGUGACUAAAGAAGGUCAAAGUGUCCCCAAAUACUUUAGAUUACAGCAAAUACAAGAUGAGUUUAAUUUUGUAACAGAUGAAAAACUGGAGAUGUCUAGACGUUUUCGUCUACUGGUUCAUAGAAAUUCUGGAGUUCCUGAAUAUUGUUGCUAUAAGCAAGUGCCACCAUAUGAAAGAGAGGUACCAGAGCAUAUUUUUGAGGAAUUUGAAAGCCAAAAGGAUGAUAUUUUUAUAAUUAUGGGAGAAGAUUCACUGACAGAACAGAGAAUGAUGGCACUCAAAUAUCUAGAGAAGGUGAAAGCUUCUGUGAUGAAAAGACUAUUGAGGGUCAAGCAUCAUUUUACAUUAUCGGAUAUUGUUGUUGAAUGUGAAGAUAUCAGCACCAUAAGCCAAAUAAGCCUAGCCUUGUUUGAUGUGAUUGCCCCUCGAAAAACAUUGAAACCUCUGCGUAAGGAGAGAAAGAAAAUACCCGCCCAGACCUUGUCUGAUGGAGAUAUUAAGCUGCUUAUUAAUGUAAUAGGAGCAUACAAUAUACCAAUGAGGAAGUGUAUUGCCAGGACACAGCCACUUUUUGGACUAAUGUCCCCAGUGUCUGGAAUGACGAGCAACAUGCAUUAUAGGAAGUCUGAAGGGGAAGAGGAUCCUUUUAACCAGAUUCAAGUGCAACCCUUUGUGGAAGUUACCUUCCAGCAAUCAAUGUAUCAGACAAGUAUUGCAGAUGGAUCCCAGCCAUGUUGGAAUGAAAAACUCGAAAUGGAUUUCAAGUCACCCAAUGGAGAUUACAACAGUUCAGCAUUAUGCAAGAUGAAUGACAAAAUAUUAAUUAAUGUAUUUGAUAGCUUAACUGUGGCCUCUCCAGAGAAUGACUGCCCUGAGACAUGCAGAAUUAAGCCACAUAUCAAGAAUUGGCUGGGAUCCAUUUCUAUCCCUUUCAGUACUAUCCUGGAACAAUCAAAGGUCAGUGGAACUUUCAGAAUAGACACCCCAGUAAUGUUACUAGGAUACACGUGGAAGAAAAUAGAGACAGGUUCUUGUGAGCAAUUUUAUGAAUUUGGACUUGCAGAAAGCUCCCUUUUAUCGAUUUUUAUCACUCUGGACCCUCAAGUUUCUUGUUCAGACAAUGAAGAUAAACAGCCCCCUCUAUGGCAGUUAGAAACGAUAGAAGAUGAGGAGAUUUUGCACAUGGCAUACACCUUUCAAAAGGAGAUUCAUAAUAUCUAUCCAAAGAGAAGAGUUGUUGUCAAUAUUAUUGACAGUGAAUGCAGAGUUGGCAUUGUUACAAGAUAUAUCAAGCCACUCGGUCCACCUCAAGAACUUCUUGAUGUAUUUCCAGAAAAUCCAGAGGCAACUUUUAAUCUUGUAGCUAGGUUUGUGUCCUUGAUUCCAUACCUUCCAGAUAACCUAGGAUUUUCAGAUGCUUGCAAUAUUUGGUUGACAUCACAACAAUUUCUUAAUCUGACACUUGGGGGUAAAGAGGAUCAUGCUGUUCUUCUUUGUAACUAUUUCUUGUACAUGAAGAUCAAUGCUUUUGUCCUCUUAGGAACCUCAGUUCUUGAAGGAGCAACAGCUUAUGUGCUUACUCAAGAAAAAAUGAACACCAUGAUUUGGAAUCCAGAAACUGGGGAGUGCUACGAGCAAUUUAAUGCUUUUUGUCCAUUGCAAAGUGCUGAUUGUCUGAUCAAUAAAGAAAAUAUCUGGUUUAAUAUUCAAAAGAAUAGCAUCCCUAUGAGCAUAAGUUUUGACAUUACAAAGGAAAAUAAUUGGCGACCAUUCUUCAGGAGUUCCCAGCAUCGUGCAUUGUCUUCUGUACAGCCACAAGAGUUAAUCUACUAUUCCACUGAAAGAAGCUUGGUGGUUAAAUUACAGAACAGAAUUGAAUGGGCACUGAAGAAUAAAAUUAUGGAAUGGAGAGCCCAGCGCCCCACUCGGUGGAAUCGUUACUGUACUGGAGUAUUUCAAAAUUUUCUUCCUCUGCUGGAGCAAAACCUUGGUCGCUCAGUAAGUGAAGAGCAGAGCGCAGGCUUAGAGAGUCUUUUAAAAGAAUACAAGGUUUCAGGAUUUCCUAUACAAAUGUGCUAUUCAAAGUUGGAGACAAUACUUGAUAAAGUCUACAGUACUGGUAUUCAUAAAACAGAUAUCCCCAAUGUUGAGUUUGCUGUUGCGGUGUAUAUUUAUCCAUACCCCAACAACGUAUUAUCAGUAUGGAUCUACAUAGCAUCUCUGGUUCAUGAUACAUAA